AUGGAACUCCAAGGAAUUCAAACUGAUGUUGUUAAUUUGAGUAUCUUGAUUAAUUGUUUCUGCCACCUCCAUCAACUCAAUUAUGCUUUUUCUGUUUUGGCGAAGAUUUUCAAAUUUGGUUAUCAACCUGAUACCAUCACAAUGACUACACUUAUGAAAGGUCUCUGUCUUAGUGGUCAGGUUAGGAAAGCAUUGCACUUUCACGAUGAUGUUAUAGAAAAGGGAUUUAAAUUGGAUCAUGUUAGUUAUGGAACCCUUAUCAACGGGUUAUGUAAAUCGGGAGAAACAAGAGCUGCCCUGCAGGUUCUUGAAAAGAUUGAAAGGUUGAACGUUAAGCCUGAUGUUCUCAUUGACUUGGAAGUGGAUUUUGGUUCUGAAGAGAAUGCUUCUAUUGUAUAUGCUGCCUUAGCUGUUGCAGAACCAAAUCCUCUCAUUAUUUUCUUAGUGCUAGUUUGGUUUGACAAGGCAAUCACAUUAUUAACGAAGAUCAAAGACCAAGGUAUUCAGCCAAAUUUGUAUACAUACACAUUACUUGUUGAUGGAAUAUGCAAAAAUGGAAAACUUAAGGAUGCAAAAGCGGUUUAUCAAGAUCUUCUGAUUAAGGGAUAUCAUUUAGAUGUUAUAAUGUAUAAUGUGAUGGUUAAUUGGCUCUGUAAAGAGGGUUUGUUUGAUGAAGCAUUGUCCAUAUUGUCAAAAAUGGAACACAACAAUUGCACCCCUGAUGUUGUAACUUACGAAAUUGUUAUCCGUGCUUUAUUCAAAAAUGUUAAGAAUGAUAAGGCAGUGAAACUUCUUUGUGAAAUGAUUGAUAGAGGUCUACUGUAA